AUAUAUGCAAAUGUAAAAUAAAAACCUUAAAAAACAAUUUCACAACCUCAAGAAGUUUUUAUUGAGAGCCCUUCCAAUUGAUUGAUUUCCUCUCAAAUUUGACAUCUACGGCGAGGGAUAAAUAGGAUCGAUUUGCCCUUAGUCUGUCUGUCGACGCUCCUCCAUCCAUCCAAGACCACGAAUCUCUCUCCUGAAAGCAAAGCAAGCACUUGACAAUGCCAGCUUCAUCAGAGGCGCGGUCCAAGUGGAAGAAAAGGAAGCCUCUGAUUUCUCGAAAGCCGAGGCCUCAGCAAGACGACGAUGGUUUUGAGGACGAGGAUGAGGAGGAAGAACAGGACCAGCAGCAGCAGCAGGAAGUUGAUGAGGACCAUCAAAACCCUAACCCUUCUGUGGAUCGGAUCGCCUCUGCCAAGGAGAGUGAGCUGCUUGCCGAGGGCGGGGACAGAAUCUCCGAGUUCCCUUUGGUCAUCAGGCAUGCCGUCAGGGCUCUCCAUUCAUCCGUGCUCAACAUGGUUACCAUGGAAAUGGCCGCCCAAAGCGGGGACAGCAGGAGCCAGGGUCACACCCGGGUGGUUUUGGAGAAUAUUUCCUACGGGCAGCUUCAGGCAACCUCAGCUGUACCAGCUGAUAGUCCGGCCUUGGGGCUGGAUGAACCAGGAGGAGAUGGAAGCGCAAGCGCCUCCUAUGUCAUUACACCUCCACAUAUAAUGCCCGGCACUGGUGUGAUUAAGCGGUUCGGAAAUGCUGGUCGCGUUCAUGUUGUCCCAAUGCAUGCAGACUGGUUUUCCCCAAAUAGUGUACACAGGUUGGAAAGGCAAGUGGUCCCACAUUUUUUCUCUGGGAAAUCAACUGAUUAUACACCAGAAAAAUACAUGGAAUGUAGAAAUCAAAUCGUUGCAAAUUAUAUGGAGAGUCCCGAAAAGUACCUAUCUGUGGCUGAUUGUCAGGAGAUAGUUAAUGGUGUUAGUGUUGAAGAUAUAACUAGAAUUGUUCGGUUUCUUGAUCAUUGGGGAAUAAUCAAUUACUGUGCUAAUCGUCCUACACUCGAGUUGAAUAAGGAUGGGGCAUGCUUAUAUGAUGAUGCAAACGGCGAACUAUGUGUUCCUUCAGAAGCUUUGAAGUCUAUUGAUAGUUUGAUCCGUUUUGACAAGCCUAAAUGUCGGCUCAGGGCAAAAUAUGUUUAUCCAGAGCUUGAUUGUAACACUGAUAAUGAAUCUGACAUUGAUAUUACUAUCCGAGAGCAACUCUCUGAAAACAGGUGCAACUGCUGUUCACGGCCUGUUUCAAUUAUGUACUACCAAUCACAGAAGGAGGCUGAGGUGAUAAUGUGUUUGGAUUGCUUCCAUGAGGGAAGAUUUGUUAUUGGACACUCUAGCCUGGAUUUUGUCAAGGUCAGCUCUAUGAAAGAUUAUGGAGAUCAGGAUGGAGAAACUUGGACUGACCAAGAAACACUGCUGCUUCUGGAGGGGGUGCAACUCUAUAAUGAAAAAUGGGUCCAAAUUGCAGAACAUGUUGGAUCUAAGUCUAAAGCGCAGUGCAUGCUCCAAUUUGUUCGCCUACCUCUUGGUGGCAUGCAACUUGAUAAUAUUGAGGUUCCAAGCACAUCUAGAUCCUUAGGUUCUUGCCCUGGGGAAGAUAACCAAGGAUCCCAUUCCUACUCAAAUGUCAAUAAUACUGGGUCAAGUUUGCAAGGUCUUGACUCUGAUGACAAAUUUCCCUUUGCACAUUGUGGAAACCCAAUUAUGGCCCUGGUUGCCUUUCUGGCAUCUGCAGUAGGACCAAGAGUUGCUGCAUCGUGUGCCCAUGCAUCUUUGGCAGCUUUAUCCGAUGAUGAUAACUUGACCGAACCUGCAAAUAGUGGUCAAGUUGAUGGGUCUAGUUCAAAUAAUGGAGUAACGGUAGGAACAAUGCAUGGUAGGGAAGGCAAUUCUUGUGGAGACUUGUCAAACGCCAAUCAGUGCAAAGGCAAAGGAACUGCACCUUUACUCAAUGGAAAAGUCAAAGCUGCUGCCAAGUUUGGCCUUGCUGCAGCAUCUCUGAAGGCUAAGCUUUUUGCCGAUCAUGAAGAACGCGAGAUUCAAAGACUGUCGGCUAAUAUUGUAAACCAUCAGUUAAAGAGAUUGGAGCUAAAGCUGAAGCAGUUUGCUGAAGUUGAGACAUUGUUGAUGAGGGAAUGUGAACAGAUAGAAAGGACAAGGCAACGGAUUGCUGCGGAGCGCAAUAUAUUGAUUUCACAGUUUGGAUCACCUAUGGCAUCCCGUCCUAUGGGUCUAUCAGGUGUUGGGACAUCAAUGAUGAAAAACAACAAUGUGAGCACCAGGCAACCUGUUGUUACAGGUUCUCAACAACCACCGCCUCCUUUCAUUUCCGGUUAUGGGAAUAACCAACCAAUUCAUCCCCAUAUGCCGUACAUACCACAACAAGGGAUGUACGGGCUUGGGCCGCGGUUGCCACUUUCAGCUAUACACCCAUCCCCUUCACCUCCUAAUGCUAAUGUCAUGUUCAGCGCCUUAUCUAAUUCCCAGCCAGCAGCCCUCGGCCAUUCUAUGCUUAGACCCGCAUCUGUGAGUAAACCUGGCUUAGGCUAACUAACCAUAAGUGGCUAGGAACUGGCAUUUCAAGGGAUGUUUAUAACAAUUGUUACCCUCCGAGCUAUGAUUGGGCUUGAUGAAGUUGGGGGCUACAGUGGCUUGCAUGUUUUUCACCAACUUAGUAUAUUGCUUUGGGACUUGAUCAGUUUUAUGUAUUGAUGAGUAGUAGUUUUGUAUGGCAUCUGCAUGCCAAGUCUCUCGUAAUUUGUCCACACAUCUAGUGAGUUUACUGUACAACUAGGUAAAACUAGAUUUUGUUUUGAGCUGUACAGGUAAAUUAAUAGAGGAAAUUAAAGCUGAAAAGAGAGUUUCUUUGUCGUGCACAUGCUUGACAGAAAUUUGAUGAUAUAAGCAAAUGCCUUU